UUAGUUUAGAAUUGUAGCCACGAAGUCUUAGCUAUACGAGUACAGUAUUAUAUUUCGAUAAAAUGGCGGACACAGUUUGAAUUUGUAGGAAGCGGAUUGUAAACGUCCAUUCUAUGAUUGUUGUGCGGCUGUGGACAAAAUUUUUUCUAUGAGAAAAUCAAAUCAAGAGACUGUAGAUUGUUUUAAAAAAUUCGACGAUAAAAUGGUUAAAGUAAGAGAAACACCUGAAGAAGUGCCAAUCCAUGGGGCUUCAACGCCGCAUAGAAUAAAUAUGUUAAAUAAUCUUGUAGAAGAAACCGAUAAUACAGGUAUCAUCAGUGGAAAGAAUAAAGAAUUCGUUGCCAAAUGUAGGCCACCACAACACCUUGCGCGCAAACCUGCUAGAAGAAAAUUGAUUCUCAAUCAAAAUAAUGUGCAACGUUCAAUGCAUUCGUCUGUUAUUAAAAGUACAAAUCAUACGCUUACAGAAUAUUUUCCAGUACGUCGUAGUGUGAGAAAAUCUAAAAAAGCUGUAUUAGAAGAAAAACAAAGAGACAUAGAAACUAAAGUUUUGCAACAGGUUGAAGAAGGUUUAGAAGUUAGACAUUUUCCUGGUAAGGGACGUGGGAUUGUAACAACACGUUCUUUUGCAAAAGGAGAAUUUGUAGUAGAAUACAUUGGUGAAUUAAUUGAUCAAGUUACAGCGAAGAAACGUGAAAAGAUUUAUGCUCAAGAUCAAAAUGCAGGAUGUUAUAUGUAUUAUUUCCAACAUCGUAAUCAUCAGUAUUGUGUUGACGCUACUGCAGAAUCGGAUAAAUUGGGUAGACUGGUAAAUCAUUCUAGAAAUGGAAAUUUAAUUGCAAGGAUUGUUGAAGUAGAAUCGACACCACAUUUAGUACUUACAGCGAAAGAAGAUAUAUCAAUUGGUGUAGAGGUUUCAUAUGAUUACGGCGAUAGAAGUCGGGAAGCUAUUCGUUAUCAUCCAUGGUUAGCUUUAUAGCACUUUAAAAUAACAUUUUAUAUUGUAACAACAUAUUGAUAGUAAUCUAUGCUGUUACUUCCAAAAAAAUAACUUAUUAUCCCUAGUAGUAUAUAUUUUCAAUGCCUGACUAUGUGCUGCAUUUUUGCAGGAUAUUAGUGUUCCAAGUAUGCUUCUGUAUUAGGUCGUGCAUUGAUUUAGAAAAAGAGAUGCAUUAUUACAAAAUAUUUUAUUUUUACUAUUAAUUGCAUCAUUGAAAUACAAUUCUAAUGUCUUUUUCUAGAACUGAAUUAACAAGUUAUGUUAUAUUAAUGAAUUUAGAAAUUACCCAAUUGAAGCAUCUUAUGACAAUUAUAAAAUUAGUUGUACUAUAAUAUAAUCUUUGAAAGAAA